UAGUCCGUCUGCUCGAUUUAGUUUGCGUUCAACAACGGUUGUCGUCCUUACAGAUACUCAGCUGAAGGAAGUGAUAUAAGCAAUAUUUCAAAUAACAAAAAAAAACUACGAACUGCUUUCCUUACCAUUGAAACAAGUGCCAAUCCGAGACGAGUGAUAUUGAAAUACGAAUCAUAACUUUUAAGUGAAUACAUACAAUUUUUGCGACUACGAUAAAAACCACCCACCUCAAAAUGGUUUACAACUUUAAAGUCUUCAAGAAGUGCUCCCCGAACGGCAAGGUCACAAUCUACAUGGGAAAACGUGACUUCGUCGAUCACGUGUCAGGAGUGGAACCGAUUGACGGCAUCGUUGUUCUGGAUGACGAAUACAUCCGCGACCACCGCAAGAUCUUUGGACAGAUCAUCUGUAGCUUCCGUUACGGUCGCGAGGAAGAUGAAGUUAUGGGACUGAACUUCCAGAAGGAGCUGUUCUUGGCCUCCGAACAAAUCUACCCGCAGCCGGAAAAAUCCGGAAAGGAGCAAACCAAGCUGCAGGACCGCCUAUUGAAGAAACUGGGCCCAAAUGCGUUCCCAUUUACCUUCAACAUUUCCCCGAAUGCACCGUCGUCGAUUACCCUGCAGCCGGGCGAGAAAGAUCAGGGAGAACCGUGCGGAGUUUCGUACUAUGUCAAGAUCUUUGCUGGCGAGUCGGAAACUGAUCGAACUCACCGCCGAAGCACGGUUUCCUUGGGAAUCCGCAAGAUCCAGUUCGCACCGACCAAACCGGGACAGCAGCCAUGCACCGUUGUGCGCAAAGACUUCAUGUUGAGCCCCGGAGAACUGGAGUUGGAAGUCACCUUGGACAAGCAACUCUACCUGCACGGCGAACGAAUUGGCGUCAACAUUUGCAUCCGCAAUAACUCGAAUAAGGUAGUGAAGAAGGUCAAGGCAAUGAUUCAGCAGGGUGUUGACGUGGUGCUGUUCCAGAACGGAAGCUAUCGCAACACUGUGGCUUCAAUAGAGACCAGCGAAGGUUGCCCUAUUCAGCCGGGUUCCAGCCUUCAGAAGGUUAUGUACCUGACGCCGUUGCUGGCUUCCAACAAGCAGCGACGUGGCAUUGCCCUCGAUGGACAGAUCAAGCGCCACGAGCAGUGCCUAGCUUCGACAACUCUUUUGGCCCAACCAGACCAACGCGAUGCCUUCGGUAUCAUUGUAUCCUAUGCAGUGAAGGUAAAACUCUUCCUCGGUGCCCUAGGCGGAGAACUGGCUGCUGAACUACCGUUUGUUCUUAUGCACCCGAAGCCUGGCAGCAAAGCCAAAAUUAUCCACGCCGACAGCCAAGCUGAUGUGGAAACCUUCCGACAGGACACCAUUGACCAGGGGCAGUCGAUCGACUUCGACUAAGCAAUACUCUCACUGGCCCGAUUGAGAUGGCAAGGAAACCCAGUCCGUACUGAUCACGCACCCUUCUUGACAACAUGACAACCACUGCUGGAACGCAGUAAUCUACUACCAGAACGCCAACUCGAACGAACGAUACCUGGGUACUUAAAAAAAGCUUCCAAUUAAUACUUGAACAAUUAAUCGCACCACCUUCACUAUUUAUUUUUUGCUUGAUUUGACGAUUUCAAACGACGAAGGUUACAAAAACUCUAAAACCGCAUUUUCAAAUAAAAGUGAUAUAUUUCAGCAAACAAAGUUGUAAACAAAACAGAUUCAAACAUUGUAAAAUAAACAAAAAUUGGAACGAUGGCCAUCGGAAAAUAA